CGGAAGAGAUGGGUGGGUGCGGAGAUUACAAGCAUGCAAUGGCUAUGGUGGGAUUACAGAUGGGUUAUGCAGCCGUGGCACUCCUCACCCGAGCAGCUAUGUUGCAAGGCAUGAGCCCCCGUGUCCUCGUCGUUUACCGGCAAGCCUUCGCUACUUUGGCCGUGGCACCCGUCGCUUAUCUCUCCAGGAGGAAAUCAGGCGGACCUUCAAUGGGACUGAGGAGCUUUUCUUUGAUAUUCUUGGCCUCACUUAUAGGGAUCGCAAUCAAUCAGAAUAUAUAUUAUGAGGGUCUGUACUUGGCCACUUCUGCGACGGCAAGUGCAAUGGCAAAUCUAGUCCCGGCCAUCACUUUUGUUAUGGCUUCCCUUGUCGGGUUAGAAAAGGUGAAUAUUCGAAGCUUGAGAAGUAUUGGCAAAAUAGUCGGCACGUUGAUCUGCGUCACCGGAGCCAUUUUCAUGGCGCUGCUGAAGGGACAAAAGCUAUUGAGUGCAGAAGCUUUACCGGAUAAAUCAUUAUUUGGAGCGGACGGCGGUGAGCACUGGUUGCUGGGUUGUUUGUUUCUCUUCGGAAGUGCUUGUUGCUGGUCCAUUUGGCUCAUUUUGCAGGUCCCGGCUUCAGCCAGCUACCCCGACCACGUUUCCUUGUCGGCCUGGAUGUGCUUCUUCGGGGCAUUGCAGUCGGCAGUUGUCACACUGUUUUUAGAACCAGACAUCGAAACCUGGACCCUCCAUUCCAGUUUUGAGCUUGUUUGUUGUCUCGUUGUAGGAAUAUUCGGAUCGGGGCUCUCAUUCUUCGUUCAAGCUUGGUGCAUAGCGCAAAGGGGACCCCUGUUUUCCGCCAUGUUUAAUCCUUUGUGUACAGUCAUUGUGACCAUACUGGCUGCCCCGCUCUUGCGUGAGGAAAUUUACACGGGCAGCCUGAUAGGUGCCGUCGGCGUGAUCGGCGGUUUAUAUAUUGUUCUCUGGGGAAAAGCCGAAGAUUACCAAGUGAAAGAAACAGAUCCGAUCGAGGAACCACUUUUGUCUGACGAGUCUACUAACACGACUGAAAAUAAUGCAUAAACCUGGUUCGGGUCGAAUCUCAUUUGGACCCACAGAUUUUGUAAACCAGUUCAAUACUGUAGAUUGAAAGGU